AUGUCUCUAUCCCCACCGCCCGCCCCGCUCUCCCUCCCGCACUCAAAGCCCAACCAACCCCCCAAAAGGCGCACCAGCGUCGCCACCAUCGCCAGCGCCGGCACGGGCCCCCACAAGAAACAACGCCUGCACCCGCUCCGCCAAACCUCGUUUCCCAACUCGCAAGACGCGGACCCGCGCGCCUUAAGCGCCGGCGCCGCGAGUGCGAACUCCGAAGCCGAUGGCGGAAGCGUGACGGGGAGCUUUACCGGGUCGUUUGGGGGCGGUGGAAGGAAGGGGAGGAAAGGGAGUGGCGUUGGCGGCGGGAGAAAGGGGUCGGGGAGCCUGAGGGGGACAGUUGUUGAUGGGGGUGGGUUGGGGGGUUUGGGGAAUGAGGAGGGGGAUGUAGACGACGGGGACGACGAGGGGGACGAGGGAGAUUUGGAGGACGGGGGGAUGGAAGGGGAGAGAGAUGAGGAUGGCGCGGCUAGGGAGGCGGAGGCGGAGAGGAAAAAUCUUGCGAUUCUUAUCGACGCAUUCACACCCGCCCAAUCGUCGCGGUACGAUUUCUUCAAACGGGCUAAAUUAAAUAAAUCUAUGGUGCGCAAGAUCGUGAAUCAGACGCUGUCGCAGUCAGUGCCGCCGAAUGUCAUUACGACAAUCAGUGGCUACACAAAAGUGUUUGUAGGAGAGUUGGUGGAGAAGGCGCGGACGGUACAAGAGGAGUGGGCGGAGGCCGCAGAUAGGGUUGCGUAUGCGGAGUAUGAAGCUUCGUUAGCGAGAGAAGAGGAAGAAGAGGAAGUUCGGGCAAAAGCUGAUGCUGAAGCCACUACCGCUACAUCUACGCAAUCUACCCAACAGACUGCCACUGUUACGGAUCCUAGCUCGGAUACCCAAGCUCCGGCACGGACUGUCGAAUUGAGCAGCAGCACAACGGAGACAGCCUUGCGUUCGAUUACGAAAACAGAACCGAAAGAGAAUGGAAUGGUUGCUGUCAAAGAAAAACCUCAGGCUGCCAACGAUAUCAAGACAAAUGAUUCCAUACUUCCACAAACCACCUCCGCCACCACCACCACCACCACCACCACCACCGCUGUUCCCCUUUCAUCAACUCAGACACAGAUACAGCAAAACUCGCGCACUCAACCGGGGACAGAUGAGAAUGUCCACACGCCAAUAAAUUCUCAAUCGUUCGCAACCACAGUCCCCAACUCAACGUCUACGUCGCCCGGAUCAGCUUUCACCAUCAAAUCCAAGAAACCGAGACGCCCCUUCGAACCGCCCCCAAACCCUCACCGCGGCCAACUCCUUCCUGCACAUCUACGCGAAGCCCUUAGGCGGUAUAAGAGGGAUGGCGAAGGUGGCGGUGUUGGGUUUGGGGCGUUGAGCAUGGGUAGUACGGGCGUAAAGGGCUCGUUUUCAUGCGGGGUUCGAGGGGUUGGAGGUAGGAGACUAUUUCGAUAACUUAAAUGUGGAUGGGGGUUUUUGUGGUUUUUAUGGUUUUGCCUUAUGUUUUGGGGGUUGGGCUUGGUUCGUCGAUUGGUUAAUUCGUUUGAAUUCCAGAGCCUUCAUGGGAAUGGGAAUAAAGGAGUAAAUGGAUGGAAGAAACUGGGAUUGCGAUUUUUUUCUUCUUCUUCUUUUUCGAUUUAACUGUCUAUAUUCAAAUUAGUGGCAUCGUUUUUCAAGGGUGAUGGGAUGGGGUGCACAAUUUUGCUUUCUCUGCUCCAUUGUUCGAGCAGGGUCAUACACGGCAAUAAUAGAUGUAUUUCAUUUCAAUAUCGGAAGCCAUAAUCUGC